CAGGCGCGGCCGGGCAUGGGCCGCGCGGCCGCCAGGUCCCCGGGUCGCCGCGGGCAGCGCCGCCGGUUGCCGGGCAGGCGGCGGCAGCAGCGACGGCAGCGCCGAGUCCCCCGGCGGCGGAAGGCUAGGGCUGGCGGACGCAGGAGGGCGCGCCCCCGGCGGGAGGAGUCGCGUCUGGAGAGCCCGGGGCAGGCGGAGCUCGAGACCUGGGAUAGCGGCUGUAGUGUGGAGUGCCCAGAGCCGUGCGCGUCCCGAGACGACUGGCGCUGUGCUCAGUCUAUGCACGAGUUCUCCGCCAAGGACAUCGACGGACGCACGGUUAACCUGGACAAGUACCGGGGCUUCGUGUGCAUCGUCACCAACGUGGCCUCGCAAUGAGGCAAAACAGACGUAAACUAUACUCAGCUUGUCGACCUGCACGCCCGAUACGCUGAGUGCGGUUUACGGAUCCUGGCCUUCCCUUGCAACCAGUUCGGGAGGCAGGAGCCAGGGAGUAACGCGGACAUCAAAGAGUUCGCUGCCGGCUAUAACGUCAAGUUCGAUAUGUUCAGCAAGAUCUGUGUGAACGGGGACGACGCUCACCCGCUGUGGAAGUGGAUGAAAGUCCAGCCUAAGGGGCGGGGCAUGCUGGGAAAUGCCAUCAAAUGGAAUUUCACCAAGUUCCUCAUUGACAAGAACGGCUGUGUGGUGAAGCGGUAUGGUCCCAUGGAAGAGCCUCUGGUAAUUGAGAAAGACUUGCCGUGCUACCUCUAGCUCCACAAGUAUGCGCCCCCCCACAGCCCUGCCCCUCGGAGCCUUCCACCCGGCACCCAUGACGGUCUGCCUGAAAACCAGCCCGCUGGUGGGGCAGACCCGAGAACCCGGCGUGCACCCUUCGCCGGAGGAAGGUUCCUCGGCCCGGCUCGAGGCUUGGCGCCCCCCAACCCCCCUGGUUAUCUUGUGGGAAUAAAACAUCCACAUUGGC